AUGUUACAGAUGUGGGGUUUGGGUCUGUUCUGCUUCCUCAUUGGAGCAUCAUAUGCAGCAGAGAUAUGUUUGGAUGAGCUGGGCUGCUUUGAUGACCUGCCUCCCUGGGGGGGCACUCCCGAGAGACCAGCCUCCAUCCUGCCCUGGAACCCUGAACAGAUCGGCACCCGCUUCCUGCUCUUCACCCAGAAGAACCGUUACUUCCAGGAGAUCCGGCCGGACAAGUCCAUCCAUGCCUCCAACUACAACGGAGUGAGAAAGACUCGAUUCAUCAUUCCUGGCUAUUUGAAAGCAGGAGAUGAGACCUGGCCACAGGAAAUGUGUAAGGAUAUGGUGAAGUGGGAGAGUAUCAACUGUGUUGCUAUGGAGUGGACGACAGGUGUGAAGACUAAAUACGCCCAGGCUGCCAAUAACGCCAGGGUGGUGGGUGCCCAGGUGGCCUCCAUGAUCAAGUUCCUCAUGGUCAACUACAAGCAGAAGGCUGAUAAAUUCCACAUCAUCGGACACAGCCUCGGGGCUCACGCUGCAGGGGACGUUGGGAGCCGGAUCACUGGCCUCGCACGCAUCACAGGACUGGACCCAACUGAACCUUACUUCCAGGACACUGAUGUGUCUGUGCGUCUGGACACCAGUGACGCUGCCUUUGUGGAUGUCAUUCACACCGAUGGACUUCCUUUCAAAUCCAAACUUGGCCUGGGGAUGUCACAGGCUGUGGGCCACAUUGACUUUUAUCCCAAUGGAGGAGAACUGAUGCCCGGCUGCUCCGCCAACAGAGGCAAACCCACUGAUCUGGAUGCUUUCUGGGAAGGUACGAAGAAGUUUGACGGCUGUAACCACGCCCGGGCCUACCAGUACUACAGUGAGAGCAUGGUUAAACCCCAGGGCUUUGUGGGAUACCCCUGCCCCAAUAAGGACAGUUUUGCAGAAGGAAAGUGUUUCCCAUGUGGAGAUGGUAAAUGUCCUCUGAUGGGCCACGACGCUGACAGGUUCACUGUGACUGAUGGUGUUUCAAAGACAGGCUACUUCCUCAGCACUGGCGGUUCAGAGCCCUUUGGUCGUUACAGCUACAGAGUGACAUUAACCCUUGAUGGUCCCAGCUGGCCCAACCCAGGCUUCAUGUAUGUGGCACUCACCGGAAACAGCGACAGCACCGAGGAGCACCAGCUCCAUGUGGGGUCAAUGGUGUCUGGGCGGACCUACGAGGUGCUGCUGGACGCUGACGUGGUUCUGGGAGACGUGACAGAGGUGAAGUUUAGAUGGAACAACCACAUCUUCAACCCCAUGAACCCCAAGUACGGAGCAUCUAAAGUGGAGCUGGAGAGAGGAAAGGACAUGAAGAUAUUCGUCUUCUGUGGAACACACAACGUGGUGGAGAACGCAGUCCAGUCUGUGCUUCCAUGUCGAUUUUAACCACAAUCACCAUGUCUCUCAGAGUCUUUCAAUAAAGAUUCAGCAUUCUCACACAUUUGUUUCUAAUUAUUGAUAUAAUAAAAAGGGCAUCUAUUAAACCUUGUCAGCAACUUUGUAGGGAACACUAUAGAGGUCAAAUAUCCAAAAAGAUGACCUUUCACACUCAGAUUAAGGAGGAAAUAUUUCAUAAAUUAUGAAUUUGUUCUGUAAAAUCUCAGAAAA